GGCCGACAGCACAGCGAUAGCCAGCAUUGUGAGGCAGCUAGCAGAGGAGCGCAGCAAUGCGAGCGGGCCGCCUCCAAGGGUGGUCCUGGAGAUGCCACAGCCCAAUCGUCUGAAUGGCAAGUGGAGCUGGUACGCCUGCGGCCACUCCUAUGGAGUUUGGCACGGCGCACUCGCAUCGCAAGGGUUCAAGGUCGAGACAGUAACGAGUCGGGCAUGGAAGAUAGACUUGCAGCUGAACGGCAAGGGGAAGGAGGGCAGCCGGCUGCUGGCCAUUCGCCUGUUUCCCAGCGCAGCAGAACUCUUAAAGCGGAAGAAGGACCACGGGCGCGCAGAGGCAAUGCUGAUUGCAGCGUGGGCGCUGGGGCUGCGCAUUCAGGCAGACAGCGGCGAUGUCAUUGUUGCACCUCCGGUUGAACCACAGGAAGCCAGCCUGGACGACCUGCUGUCCGAGGAGGAUGUCGGCGAGAGUGAAGGCAUUGAAAGCUGAUGUUUUGCUUAGAUCCACUAUUGGAUUGCUUGAGGACACACAUGUGGAAUCAUAAUUGAACUUCAGAUGGGAACAGAGAGUGGAGUGAUAAAUCUUGUUUUGUGUAAUUAAUUAUUAACACC